AAAUAAGACAUUUAGCGAGCUUGAUCAAAACAGGCUCCGUGUGUUACCCAGGCCAGCCUGCACGUGUCCCACUGUCUCAUCUUGUCCAUUCAGCUGUAAGAGAGAGGGCCCCUGCAUCCCAGACAUGAGCAUGGAGGCCUCAUCAAAUAUUUGAUGUUUUUAACAGAAGCCGCCAAGCCACCAUUCACAAUGGGGCAGGCUGACGGGGGAGUUGUCAGGCCUGGGCAAUGGGUUUGCUUGGCCCAACAGCUGGCCCCGUCCCAUGAGGGUCUCUCCCUUUCUCCUGCCUGCCUCCAGGUCCUCACCCUGGCCCCAUGGACCACAACACUCCUGCUGCUGCUCCUCACCGACCUGGCCCUCUCUGCCAAGGCUGAAGGAAGCCUGUCAAUAGCAGCUGUUACUGGCACUCAUGACGUGGACACGGUAAGACGGGGGUAGACGUGGUGGGAGUGGUCCUCCGGGUCAGGCCUCAGCCCAGAGCUGGAUGUUUGUGACAGAUUAAUGGGCCUGAAGGACCAUCCGGAGGAGGAUGGAGCAGGCCGCAUCCUUGACCUGGGGCUAGAUUUAGAGUACCUCCACAUCGAAGGCUCCAACAGCAGGCAGGCUGGCUCUGACACAGGGCCCAGUAUGGAGCGGGGAGAGGAGGAGGAAGAGGCCUGCGAUAGAAGCAGCAAUAGCAGCUUGUCCACGCCUGGGGGGAAGGAGGGGGAGGUGGUGGGGGAGGAGAGCGCUGGGUCCGACAGUGAGCCGGAGCCAGGCCGAAACAGCACCGGUUCUAACCCGGCUGGAGGAGUGUCCAUUUCUGAGUCAGAUGGAGGUGUGCUUGUUCCCAACACCACCAAACCCCACCAGCCACUGUGCAGGACUCCCUGUGUGGACCUGGGGUCCGAGGGGCCUCCGGAACCUCUGUCGGGGGAGCCUUCACCCGGGGAAGCCCUGAGGGAGUACCAGUCCAAGCUGGAGUUUGCCCUGAAGCUGGGCUACACCGAGGAGCUUGUGCGGCUGGUGCUGGCCAAGCUGGGGCCGUACACGCUCAUCAACGACAUACUGGGAGAGCUGGUCAAACUGGGCAGUAAGGCCGAGACGAACCAACAGCUGACUGGGUCCACGGCUUCACAGCCCGCCUCCUCGUCCUCCUGCUCCUCAUCUUCCUCCUCUUCUACCUGUGGGUAUGUGGAGGCGCAGCAGGGGAGGUCAGACUCCCCCUAUCAGACAGACCUCCUCCUGGGGGACAAGGACAACCUGCGGCCCAUCGUCCUGGACGGUAGCAACGUAGCAAUGAGCCACGGCAAUAAGGAGGUGUUCUCCUGCUACGGCAUCCAGCUGGCUGUUGAUUGGUUCCUGGAGCGAGGUCACCGUGACAUCACUGUGUUUGUGCCCUCCUGGAAGAAAGAGCAGUCCCGCCCUGACGCCCUCAUCACAGACCAGGAUAUCUUACGUCGUCUGGAGAAGGACAAGAUCUUGGUGUUCACGCCAUCUCGUCGUGUCCAGGGUCGCCGGGUGGUCUGCUAUGAUGACCGCUUCAUCGUCAAGCUGGCCUACGAGUCCGACGGCAUCAUCGUCUCCAACGACAACUACCGCGACCUGGCCAGUGAGAAGCCAGAGUGGAAGAAGUUAAUUGACGAGCGGCUGCUCAUGUACUCGUUCGUCAACGACAAGUUCAUGCCACCUGAUGACCCUCUAGGUCGUCAUGGUCCCAGUCUGGAGAACUUCCUGAGGAAACGUCCCAUCAUGCCAGAGCACAGGAAGCAGCCCUGUCCUUACGGCAAGAAGUGCACUUACGGCCACAAGUGUAAGUACUACCACCCGGAGAGGAGUGCCCAGUGCCAGCGCUCGGUGGCAGACGAGCUGCGUGCCAGCGCCAAGACCUCUGACACCUCUACUAGUACCAAGGGCCAGGGUUGCGAGGCCGGGCUGGUGAAGAGCCACAGCGAGCCCAAUAAUGUAGCGGUGGGCACCAAGAGAGGUUCUGCCCCCAGCAUUCGGGCACUGUCCUACGGCGAGGCAGAGGACAAGCUGAGACAUGCUGAGAAAUGCAAGAACAGCCUCAGUAGUAGUAAUGGGAGUAGUUGUUGUAGUGGGGAUGUUACUCUGUCUCCUGCCCCUGGAGGACCCCCCUCCUCUGCCCUCAGCUACCCCCAGGACCAGCCACCGACCCUGGGCAGGGACACACCCCACAUAACCCUGCCGGCCCCCCACCCCCACCCUGACCCCUACUCCUCCAGCUGUGACCCUCCAGAUCUCAGCUACUACUCAGUGACGCCGGCCCACUCCGGCCUGGCAGCACGGAGGAGUCCGGAAUGCCGCUUCCCGCUGGACACAGACCUGCGUCUGCUGGGCUCAUCAGACUGUGGCAGCAGCAGCUGUGACUCGUACAGAGAGAGAGCCUCCUGUCUGUGCUGCCCAGACCCCCAGCUGGACAAAUACAUCCACCAUCAGCAUCAUCAAUACUAUCAACACCAUCAUCAUCAACACAACCGCCUGUACUCUCAACACUCUGCCCCCCUGCUCGAGCCACACCACCCCCACCCCUCCCACUACGCCCACACACACACCCCCACCUCUGCCCUCCAUGGCUAUCACCAGAGCCUGGCACGGGGGCACAGCUUCCCCCACGACGAGCCCCCUGUCCCCCACCUGUACCCCGUCCCCCCUCCCCUCCAGCACCAGGCCGUAGGCGCCCGCUCCAGCUGCCCUGGAGACUACCCCUCUGUGUCCCAGUCCGGCCCCUACCCUCCUGGCUCCCCUCUGGGCCGCUGCCUGGCCAACACGCGGCUGGAGACGCUGUCAGACUCCCGGCUGUACGAACGCUCCCCGCUGCCCCCCAGGAAAGCCUUCUCCUGGGAUCUCUACUGCAGCCAACCCCCUCAGCCCUGCUAUGAGACCUACCAGAGUCUACCAGAGAGCCACGAUGUAGGCUGGGGACAGACUACACAGUCUUACCACCCACUCUACCCCCCUCACUCCUCUCAGCCCCCUCACCAAUCCCAUGCCCCUCAGCCAUCCCACCCAUCCAUGCCCCCCCACCACACGCACCAGGAGCCCCCCGCCCUGAGCCGCUACGGGGAGGUGCGGGAGAAGGUCUACCUCAACCUGUGUAACAUCUUCCCCUCUGAGCUGGUGGGCCGGGUUAUGGGGAGGAACCCCCAUGUGACAGACGCCCAGCAGCUAGCUGCCGCCAUCCUGGCUGAGAAGUCCCAGUCCGGCUACUGAGUCCAGCUAGCCUACUACUCUGUCUCCCUAUUCAUGACAACAGUUAGUUGUAGUUUUGACAGUAUAAGGGUUUGAAUUUGUUUGACUGUAGAGUUGUUUGUGGAUCAUUUAGUGUUAAUCAUGUGCAGGUGAGGAUAUGCAUUGAUUCACAAAGCACUUUUUCUCCGCUGUUUAUCAAAUCUGAAACAUUUUAAAAAUCACUUUGGAUCUAAUUAUAUGCCUAAUCUUACUUCUAUGCUACAUUUUCUACUCCAUUUGUAAUCAUUCACCCCCAAAUUGAUGACAAUUUAUCAACAGAAUCUUGGUUGUUGGGGAUAUGCAAAAUGAGUAUAUCCUCUGUGUUCAAUUGGGCAUCAACUUUAAAAUCCUCUCUUUUUUAGUGCUGUGUGUUCUGUUUGUGCCUGUUGUUGUUGUUGUUGUUGUGAUAAUAGGUGGCUGAGUUAGUCUUCUCAGUUGAGAGAAUGUCCGUAAGUAUCUUGCCGUAGUUGUAGAGACGGGCACAUUCGUCGACCUUGUCUUGUUGUGUACCUUCGUUUUAGUAAGGGACGUCUCUGGCCCCUCGUUUUGGGUCCAAGCUUGCAGCUGCUACAGACACACUAGACUCAAGCUCAAAUCCCAAGUAAAUUCCCUUUGGUUGUUUUCCCUGAAGACCUAUGGAAAGGGCUCAGAGCGCUUAGCUUGAUGUAUACAAUCUGUUACAGUUACCGGCACAAUCCAUGGUAGACAGAGAAAGCCUUUCUCUUUUGAUACAAAUUGUAUCAUUAAUUUAGGAUUAUAUACCUGUACAUAUAUACGUAGGUGUGUAAUCGAUUUAUGUAAAGCUGUUUAUGUAUAGCUGGUGAAUUUUGAACUAUAAUACUGAAUGAGAAAUUCUGGACGUCAUUUGAUUAUGAUUUUAGACACCUCUUUCGUGAGGUAUUCUGACUUUUUGGGGAUGGAGAAUAGCCUAGACUGGGUUGAACCCAAGUGGCCAGCUAGGUGAAAUUAAAUGGGUAAAAUGCUGCCUGAAAUAUGCAGUGGGUCGGUUAAAACGAAGAACCUUCUCUCUGGCACUGUGUGUCAGUGUGGCCCCGGACGUGGGCAAAACGUAAUGCCUCUACACGGCAUUGUGCUUAUGACACAUCAAAUACUCUGAACCAUGUUCAGCAAACUGUAAUGCAUGUUUUGGUAACACUAUUUUAAUAGUCCAUAAUAAAACAUUUAAGGCAUUUAUAAAGUGUGUUCACCAUUUAUUAAUUAUGACUCCCACAUUUAUAACCCAUUUACUAAACAUGAGUUGUCUUUUUGCAGUCCCUAAUCUAAAGUGAGCGCUAUUUAUACUUUAUAAAUGUUUAGAGUGACCAGUGUAAAGAUGGGUAUGACAUUGGUACAUUCCAGCAGUACCUGGUAAAAUAAUAAGAUAUUUAAGGAAAUAUAUACAUUUGUGAAUAAACUAUGAUUAAUAAAAAAUGAGUGUACUGUUUAUAAAUGCCUUAUAAAUGGUUUAUAAAUAAAUUAUAGUUUAUUAUGGACCCUUAAAAUAAAGUUACCCAUGUUUUCUUUGUGUUCUCUUUAAAUGUUCUUGUGUCUCUUCAAUUUUAUUGUAACAUAUUUUCUUUGAGCUUGAUUUAUCAGUUCUGUUGUAUCAUAUUAGCUUAACAACUCCGUGCCUAACAAAUAUAGUAUUGGCUUUGUU